GGGCGUAGGCAGCAAUAUUAAAAUUAGAAAAAGGAAACUCCAUUACUAUAGGAUGGAGACUAGACUACUGACCUUGUAAUAAAUCGAAUGUCCGAAACUUUAUUUAUUUUUACUUUAUAUUUCGGAUUAAUACUAAUCCCAGACACAGCACUAGACGAAUACUCUGGAAAAAAAUCUGAAGUGUUGUCUUUAAGACUGAGAAUAACACGAUGGAUGUGGACAAGCUAUUGCUGGAAAGUGAAUCGUAUGAAGAUUACUUGGACGCAUUUGUGCAGCCAAGAGAUUUAUUCUAUUUACGAGACCCUCGAUUGGCUCGGCAACUCGUCACGUUGGGUUAUAGGUCAGCAAUUGAUGUGCUUACACUAAAACAAUACAAGGCAAGAAGAGACGAGUUAUUAGAAACACUAUCGACUACACGACAUCAUCAUAUUCUAUUCAGCACCAAUUGUCGUGCAACCGACGUCAUGGUAGUGGAAUUAGCAGAACGAGAACGUACGAAUCGCUUAGGAAUGUUGACGACAAUAAUUUCAAUGAGAUAUCGCCAAUCGAAUAAGGUGGAAAUAUCUGGGUACAUCGAUUUCGAAGCAAGUCUCAGGAAAUCAAUUACAGAUGAUGAAGAAGCAACCGAUUGGACGGCAAUUUUUAACGAGACAAUGACACUUCGACUGAAAAAGAGCGAUUUAGGAUAUUACAACUGGCAUACCGGAUUCUCAGUUAUGAAUGAUUCGACAAAUUUCAAGGCAGUUGCAGAUCCGGUGAGAGGUUUGUUUUUCGAGUGUCGACACGACCGAAAACCGAUAUAUGUCGAUCCGUUUGGUGAUGUAGGUAGUGGUAGCACGAGGACUGUCGUUAAGAGCAAUUAUUAUAGUCAUGUUGUCCUGUUCGACCAUGUAAUAAGAAGUAAAACGUAGAGUAGUCAGA